CCGAUGGACAUAAGAGAUGAGAGAUAACAUAGAUUCGCAUUUAUAGAUAUAUACUCUAUUAUUUUCAAUAAAUUAUUUUAAUAAAUAAACUACUGUAUAACAUCUAUCCCCUUGUUUCACAAACGAAUCACUACCCAUCUGUACACGUUGCAAUUUUUUGAAGUUUUAUAAUUAUGAUAUCUUACACUUUCUAUUUUAAUUAUAUAAAGUUGCAGUUUGUCGGUUUUUUGUAUUUACUUUUCAGUUAUUCCGGAACGUUAUAAUAUGCAUCUUUUUAAAGUAUGGACGAAAAGGGGCGAAAAAAAAGCUUUUGUAACAAUUACAGCAAAUGAAAAUAUGUGCAAGAAUUUAAUAUCGCAAGCAUCUAAAAAACUACAAAUAAAUGGAAAUAGUCUAGUUUUAGAAUCCGAUGGAACACCGGUAACAGAAGACGAAGUGUUGAUGUUAAUUAAGACCGAGACACUCAUUCUUUUAGAAGAAAACGAGAUUUUUACUAAAAUACCGGACUUAGGUAUUAUUGCCAAAACUACUGAAAACUCCAGUACAUUUGAUAUAUCUGAAAUACCAUUCAUUGAAUCGGAUCUAAAUACAAAUAUGAACUAUGAGAGAAAGGAAAAUAAACCAGAUAAUUUAAAUCAACAACAGUCUGCGAUUAUCGAAGUAAUCCACGUCAAGCAAGAAGAAUUUAAUGUUAUUGAUUAUAAAGUACCCUGGAAUAAAGUUCCAAUUGAUAUGUUAAAGAUAUGUGAAGAAGGUGACGGAUCUUGUUCAAUGUUUCAUAAACUUCGAGAACGCUGCUGUUACAUGAAACGAAUAGAAAGCAAACAGAAAUCUACAGAAAAAUCGGAAACAAUUCAAAGUAAAAAACGGAAAUUUCAUAUAAUGGCAGGUUGUUCAAAUUAUCAAGAUUUACAUUCAACAAAUGCUAAACAUAUAAGAGCAGAACGUUAUGAUGAAGACUCAUUUGAAAAAAUGAUGGAAGAUGGUUAUAUAGAACAACGUAAAUUUUUGGAGAAUUUUCAAGAGCCACCCUCUUUGACUGAUAUACAAAAAGAAUUUCCAAUUCUUUUCAAAUUAGAAAGUAUUAUAUUUCAUUUCAAUAAACUUACAGGUAAAAAAUUAGAAAAAUUACCUAACAUUAUGAAAGAAAAGUCCACAAAAAUAGUGGAAUACGCUAUUCAAAAUAAAUAUUUAAAAUUGGAUAAUAAUGAAGAUUAUUGUAUUCAGUCAUUGAGAUUCUUUGCACUAUAUUUUAAAGAAGAUUUUGAAAAAAUGUAUUACAAAAUUGAGGUAAAAAUUUUUAGGCGUAUGUACUUUACAUUUUAA